AUGCCUUCCGCAACCGGUCAAAACUGGGAGAAGUACCAGAAGAACUUCGCCGACGAUGAGAUAGAAGAGAAGAAGAUCACCCCUCUAACGGACGAGGAUAUUCAGGUCCUCAAGACCUACGGUGCUGCACCCUACGGAACAUCCAUCAAGAAGCUCGAGAAGCAGAUCAAGGAGAAGCAACAAAGCGUUGAUGAGAAGAUCGGCGUCAAGGAAUCCGACACAGGACUUGCGCCACCACAUCUAUGGGAUGUCGCCGCCGACCGUCAACGAAUGUCCGAGGAGCAGCCCUUCCAGGUUGCGCGGUGUACAAAGAUCAUUGCCGACGAAAAGGGCGAUGAAUCCAAGAGCAAAUACGUCAUCAACGUGAAGCAGAUCGCCAAGUUCGUUGUCCAGCUUGGUGACCGGGUCAGUCCCACAGAUAUCGAGGAGGGCAUGCGGGUUGGUGUCGACCGCAACAAGUACCAGAUCAUGCUUCCCUUGCCGCCCAAGAUCGACGCGAGCGUUACCAUGAUGACUGUGGAGGAGAAGCCUGAUGUCACUUACGGCGAUGUCGGUGGCUGCAAGGAGCAGGUUGAGAAGCUGCGAGAAGUCGUCGAGAUGCCCCUGCUAUCUCCCGAGCGUUUCGUGAACCUUGGUAUUGAUCCUCCCAAGGGUGCGCUGCUCUACGGCCCUCCCGGAACCGGCAAGACCCUCUGUGCCCGAGCUGUCGCCAACCGAACAGACGCCACCUUUAUCCGAGUCAUUGGUAGCGAGCUGGUCCAGAAGUACGUCGGUGAAGGUGCAAGGAUGGUUCGAGAGCUGUUCGAGAUGGCACGGACAAAGAAGGCUUGCAUCAUCUUCUUCGACGAGAUUGACGCUAUCGGCGGUGCUCGAUUUGAUGAUGGUGCCGGUGGAGACAACGAAGUCCAGCGAACUAUGCUGGAACUGAUUACACAGCUUGACGGUUUCGAUGCACGAGGAAACAUCAAGGUCAUGUUUGCCACCAACAGACCCUCCACCCUGGAUCCUGCCCUGAUGCGACCGGGUCGUAUUGACCGAAAGAUCGAGUUCUCACUGCCCGACCUUGAGGGCCGGGCCAACAUUCUGCGCAUCCACGCCAAGAGUAUGUCCGUCGAGCGCGACAUCCGCUGGGAGCUCAUCUCUCGUCUGUGCCCCAACGCGACGGGUGCUGAGCUGCGCAGUGUGUGCACUGAGGCCGGUAUGUUUGCCAUCCGGGCGAGGAGAAAGGUGGCAUCGGAGAAGGACUUCCUCAGCGCAGUGGACAAGGUCAUCAAGGGCAACCUCAAGUUUAACUCGACGGCGACGUACAUGCAGUACAACUAA